AUGCACAACCUCACAGUCUCGCUUUCUCUCCCUCCCCACCUCCUCCAGGUGUUGCCCACCAAUCCUGAGGAGAGCUGGCAGGUGUACAGCUCUGCCCAGGACAGCGAGGGCAGGUGUAUCUGCACAGUGGUCGCCCCACAGCAGACCAUGUGCUCACGGGAUGCUCGCACAAAACAGCUGAGGCAGCUCCUGGAGAAGGUGCAAAACAUGUCUCAAUCCAUAGAGGUCUUGGACAGGCGGACCCAGAGAGACUUGCAGUACGUGGAGAAGAUGGAGAACCAAAUGAAGGGACUGGAGUCCAAGUUCAGACAGGUGGAGGAGAGCCAUAAGCAACACCUGGCCAGGCAGUUCAAGGCGAUAAAAGCGAAAAUGGAUGAACUUAGGCCUUUGAUACCUGUGUUGGAAGAGUACAAGGCCGAUGCCAAAUUGGUAUUGCAGUUUAAAGAGGAGGCCCAGAAUCUGACGUCAGUGCUUAACGAGCUGCAAGAGGAAAUUGGCGCCUAUGACUACGAUGAACUUCAGAGCAGAGUGUCCAAUCUUGAAGAAAGGCUCCGUGCAUGCAUGCAAAAACUAGCGUGUGGGAAGUUGACGGGCAUAAGUGACCCUGUGACCGUCAAGACCUCUGGCUCAAGGUUUGGGUCCUGGAUGACAGACCCUCUAGCCCCAGAAGGCGACAACCGGGUCUGGUACAUGGACGGCUACCACAACAACCGCUUCGUCCGUGAGUACAAGUCCAUGAUCGACUUUAUGAACACGGACAAUUUCACGUCCCACCGCCUCCCCCACCCCUGGUCCGGCACGGGACAGGUGGUCUACAAUGGCUCCAUCUACUUCAACAAGUUCCAGAGCCACAUCAUCAUCCGCUUUGACCUGAAGACGGAGACCAUCCUCAAGACGCGCAGCCUGGACUACGCCGGCUACAACAACAUGUACCACUACGCCUGGGGCGGCCACUCGGACAUCGACCUCAUGGUGGACGAGAACGGGCUGUGGGCCGUCUACGCCACCAACCAGAAUGCCGGCAACAUCGUGAUCAGCAAGCUGGACCCCGUGUCCCUGCAGAUCCUGCAGACCUGGAACACCAGCUACCCCAAGCGCAGCGCCGGCGAGGCUUUCAUCAUCUGUGGGACCCUGUACGUCACCAACGGCUACUCGGGGGGCACCAAAGUCCACUACGCCUACCAGACCAACGCCUCCACCUAUGAGUACAUUGACAUCCCCUUCCAGAACAAAUACUCCCACAUCUCCAUGUUGGACUACAACCCCAAGGACCGCGCCCUGUAUGCCUGGAACAACGGCCACCAGAUCCUCUACAACGUGACGCUGUUCCAUGUCAUCCGCUCCGACGAGUUAUAGCUCCCUCUCUGCCUGGAAGCUGGGGUGGCAGAGGCGAGCCCUCACCCACCCCUGUGAAACAGCUGCCAAAAAGAUACUAACGAUACUAAUCAUACUGAUUUUGAAAAAUUAUCAUCAGCACUGCGGAUUCUGACAUCGAGGGAUGGCAUUACCUCCGUGCGUCCCCCCCUACUCGGGUCGGCGGGUCACAGACGUCGGAAGAAACCCCCUAUAUUGCAGCUGGAACUGCAGCCCACGGUGCCCCGGGUCCCCUCCCUGCUUCCCCCGCCCCCUACCCCAACCCCCGCUGUGUCCCUCUCUGGUCAAACAACAUACUAAAAAAGCAAGGCAAUGACUGUUGGCCAACUCUCCCCCGAGAACAACCCACUGUUGGGAUCGCAUGGACGUGUCCUUAGAUCGUGGUCAGCUCCGAGGGAUGUGAUCGUCCUGUCUCCCCGGGCCGGUGUCACUCACAUCCCAUUGCAGCGCCGUUCCUUGACCGUGUCGUUGUCUCUUAGAUUAACCGUGCCCAGACUCCCAAGUAGCUCCUGGACCCGUGUCUAGUGCUUCCCGCAGCGGUGGUCAGAGUGCGUAGAACGGAUUUGCUGUAUCCACGUCGUUUGAACUUGCGUACCCCGUAGAUAUAUCGUGCAACGUCUUGUCUGUUGUUUCCUUGAGGUGGUAACUUCGUGUGUUCAGUUUAUGCAAUGAAUGUUGUAAAUGCAAUGCCGUAGUUUGGAGUAAUAAGUGGAUGGUUUUUGUUUCUCAAAAGAAAAAAAAAUCAGUGUUCACCCUUAUAGAGACAUAGUCAAGUUCAUGUUGAUAAUAAUCAAAGGAAUUAUCCUCUUCUCGUUAAAUUAUCUAAAUCAUGUAACCAUGGAUAGGAAGGGCUUGUCCAGGGAAACUCGAGUUUCCAGGGAGAAAGGAAUGUCAGGAGGGCAACAGCGUGCAGAAAGUACAUUUUUUAAGUAAAAAAAACAAAAACAAAAAGAGGAAAACUUUGUACUAUCCAGUUACCUAAGGAUCAAUAAAAAUAUUAGGAGACA